AUGACAGUACAAAGACACUACACAUUGUCAAAUGGUGUCAAGAUCCCAAGUCUUGCUCUCGGGACUUAUGACAUACCACAACAUGAUACCGCAAAAGUUGUGCAUGAAGCUUUGAAAUGUGGUUACAGACAUUUCGACACUGCUGUCCUGUAUCGCAACGAAAGGCAGGUGGGUGAAGGCAUCUACCAAUGGUUACAGGACGACCCGGAGAAUAAUAAACGUGAAGACGUCUUCUAUACCACAAAGCUUUGGAACAGUCAGAAUGGAUACGAGCCCGCUAAGCGAGCUAUCAGGGAAUGUAUCGAGAAGGUCCAGAACUUGGGCUACAUCGACUUGCUUUUAAUACAUUCUCCUUUGAGCGGAUCAAAGAAAAGACUAGAAACUUACAGGGCCAUGCAAGAGGCUGUCGACGAGGGCCUGGUCAAAUCCAUAGGUGUUUCCAAUUACGGGCAGCACCACAUUGAAGAGCUGCUAAAUUGGAGCGGACUGAAAUACAAGCCAGUAGUGAACCAGAUUGAGAUCUCUCCCUGGUGUAUGCGAACCGAACUGGCAAAGUGGUGCCAGAGCCAAGGCAUUUUAGUUGAAGAUUAUGCGCCUUUGACUCAUGGGUACAAAUUGAAGGAUCCACAACUGCAGAAAGUGGCCGACGAAGUGAGAAAGAACACAGGUCAGGUCCUGAUCAGAUGGUCCCUGCAAAAGGGCUAUUUGCCAUUACCUAAGACUAAAACCAUCGGGAGGCUGCCAGGCAACUUGAACGUCUACGAUUUCGAACUGACUCAGAAGCAAAUGAAAGCGAUCGAACACCCGGAGGCUCAUGAACCUACUGACUGGGAAUGUACAGAUGCUCCAUAG